AUGGACAUUAAUAUUGAAAAUUUGACCCCCCAAAUUAUUGAAUAUUGCAAAGCGAACGUGCACUCGGCGGGAUCUGAUCGGGUGGCCUGGAGUUAUACGCCGCAUGGUUUGUUUACCACACGAUCGGCAUACUUGGCUUUGACUUCGCCCACAUCGAAAACUGUUCAACCGAUAUGGAAGGCAGUGUGGCGGGCCCCGGCGGCACAACGGGUACGGCAUUUUCUGUGGAUCGCGGUCCGGAACCGCUUAUUCACGAACGGUGAGCGGUGGAGACGUCACUUGACAGAUGAUGACGGUUGCGCGGGUUGUGGUCAGCUGGAGUCGACAAUUCAUGUGUUACGUGACUGCCCCAAAGCGCGCAGCAUCUGGGACCGCCUGUUGCCACGCCCGUAUCGUGAGGAAUUUUUCUCGUCGGAGUUACGAUCGUGGAUUUGGUCGAAUCUUUCUGGUUCGGGCGAUGAUGGGAUGGACGGCUGGGCGACAAUUUUUGCCAUCACAUGUUGGAGGAUUUGGUUUUGGAGAAAUAUGGGCAUUUUCUCGCACAAGGACGUUUCAUUGGAGGUGAAGGUUCAGGAUGUCCGUCGACGUGUGGCGCAAUUCCGGGAUGCCACUUCGUGUGAAGCCGUACUGGCCAUUCUUCUUCAAUGGAAGCUCUUUAAUAACCACACCAAAAAACCAUCAAAAAUCCCUCUUGGGAGCUUCGGCAUUCGCCCUUUCGUCGGCGAAACUAUUCACUUCGUUUCUUGCGCGUAUUCCGAUCGACCCGAACGCUUCACGAACAAACGUCGUCGAAUGUAUGGAGAUGUUUUCAAGUCACAUUUAUUUGGGAGCCCAACAAUAGUAUCAACUGAUGCAGAGGUGAACAGAGUUGUUCUACAGAGCGACUCGACGAAAUUCGUGCCUUCGUACCCGAAAUCGCUAAUGGAGUUGAUGGGAAAAAACUCGAUUUUGGUCGUUAACGGAGCUUUGCAGAGGCGAAUCCAUGGAUUGAUUGGGAAUUUUCUUAAGUCUCCAUUUUUAAAAGCUCAGAUCACAGCUGAUAUGCAAAAGUAUGUGACUGAGUCUAUGGAAAAUUGGAGGGAAGACUGUCCAGUGUACAUUCAAGAUGAAGCAAAGAAUAUUGGAUUUAAAGUGCUGGUAAAAGCAUUGAUUAGUGUGGAAUGUGGUGAUGAAAUGGAGCUGCUAAAGAAGCAUUUUCAAGAAUUUAUCGCGGGCCUAAUGUCUUUGCCAAUAAAUUUACCUGGCACUCAGCUUUACCGAUCUUUACAGGUAAGUUUUUAG